AUGCUCAAGCUUGGAAUGUGGCCGUUUGCGCCUCAGCUCGUCUACGAUGAGAUUUCCGCUGGUGGCUUUGCGGACGUCGUUCGUGAGACUUAUACCACGCUGGGCAAGGACCAUCUUCGGGCUACGGCGCAGAAAUGGGUUGCUGCAUUGAUGCGUGCGCUUAUGCCGGCUUCUAUGGUUGUUACUGGGGAGGCGAGAGAUGAGGAUGAGGCAAGGGGAGUUGUUGAGGGGUUGGCUGGGGAGUUUGAGGCUCAUUGUCAGUCUGCGAGGGCUUUGGUUAAUCUUGGGGUUACGGUUGGGAGGAGGGUUGAUUGA